AUGGCUCGCUACCUGCACGAGCCGGCCGUGCUGCACUCGCUGCGCCGGCGCUUCUUGGAGGCCAACUCCAUCUACACCUACUGUGGUAUCAUCCUCGUGGCUAUCAACCCCUACAAGCUGUUGCCCAUCUAUGAGGAGGAGGUGAUCUAUGCCUACAGUGGCCGUGAAAUGGGGGACAUGGAUCCCCACAUCUUUGCUUUGGCCGAGGAGGCACACAAACAGAUGGUGAGGUUUGGGAAGAACCAGUCCCUCAUCAUCAGCGGCGAGUCGGGCGCGGGGAAGACCGCGUCGGCCAAGUAUGCCAUGAGAUACUUCACCACCAUCGGGGGUUGCCUUCGGGACUCCAGCAUGGAGGAGAAGGUGUUGGCCUCCAGUCCUGUCAUGGAGGCCUUCGGGAAUGCAAAGACAACCAGGAAUGACGCAAAAUCGGAGAGGAACUAUCACAUCUUCUACCAGCUCUGUGCCUCGGCCACCCUGCCUGAGUUCCAGGGCCUGGGUCUCCGUGGGGCAGAGUCCUUCCACUACACCAGCCAGGGCCGGUGUGCCACUGCCCAGAGCACCAGUGACGCGGCCAACUUGGAGAGCACACGGCACGCCUUCUUGCUCCUGGGUGUCCCUGAGGCUGACCAGCUGGAGCUCUUCAGCGUCCUGGCUGCCAUCCUGCACCUGGGCAACAUCGUGGUCAGGGGGAGGGACCGCCGUGGGGACGGCUGCUUUGUGGAGCCUGACAAUGAGGCCCUGGGGCUGUUCUGUGCCCUGCUGGGUGUCGAGGCGUCGCAGGUGACGCGCUGGCUCUGCCACCGCAAGCUGGUCACUGCUGGUGAGACCUACCUGAAGCCCCUCUCCAGGCAGCAGGCGCUCGACUCCCGCGAUGCCCUGGCCAAGUAUAUGUUUGAGAUGUUUGAGCACAACAGCUUUGAGCAGUUCUGCAUCAACUACGCCAACGAGAAGCUGCAGCAGCUCUUCAACCUGCAUGUCUUCAAGCUGGAGCAGGAGGAGUAUGUGACUGAGGAGAUCCCUUGGGUCUUCAUUGAGUUCUGUGACAACCAGCCAUCUGGUGGUGGCAGCUCCUGCAGCCUCCCGCUGUCCCAAGUUGAAUACCAGUGUGAUGGGUUUGUGGAGAAGAACAGAGAUGCUGUCCCUGAGGAGCUGGUGGGGCUGCUGCGAGCCAGCAAGUCUGCCCUGCUUGCUGAGCUCUUCCUAGAGGAAGGGGAUGGCCCCGUGUCCCUGCAGUCCCGCAGGUCGAGCGGGCCCAGGAUGGCUGGUCGCCCUGGCCGCAGAUCGCUGCCCAGCAGCCAAAAGAACAAGAAAACCAUCUCCAGCCAGUUCAAAUCCUCCCUGAACCGGCUGAUGGAGAUGCUGGGCAGCACCACACCACACUACAUCCGUUGCAUCAAACCCAACGAUGGCAAGCAGCCCUUCGUGUUUGACUCCAGGCGAGCAGUGGAGCAGCUACGAGCCUGUGGAGUCCUGGAGACCAUCCGGAUCAGUGCCUCAGGCUACCCCUCCAGGUGGACAUACCAGGAGUUCUUAGAGAGGUACAGGGCUCUGGUGAGCAGAGAGGAGCUGACAGGCACCGAUGAGAAGCAGAUCUGCAGCCUUGCCCUUGAGAGGCUGCUCCAAGAUCCCAGCAAGUACCGGUGUGGGAAGACCAAGGUGUUUUUCCGGGCUGGCCAGGUGGCUCGCCUGGAGGAGCUGCG